CGGCCUCAAAGUUUGCGGCGGGCGGGCGGGCGCGGAGCCUCCAAGAUGCCGUUCCACCCGGUGACGGCGGCGUUGAUGUACCGGGGCAUCUACACCGUGCCCAACCUGCUGUCGGAGCAGCGCCCGGUGGAUAUCCCUGAGGACGAGCUAGAGGAGAUCCGAGAGGCCUUCAAGGUAUUCGACAGGGAUGGCAACGGCUUCAUCUCUAAGCAGGAGCUGGGAACCGCCAUGCGCUCCCUGGGUUACAUGCCCAACGAGGUGGAGCUGGAGGUUAUCAUCCAGCGGCUAGACAUGGAUGGUGAUGGCCAAGUGGACUUUGAGGAGUUUGUGACCCUCCUGGGACCCAAGCUCUCCACCUCGGGGAUCCCAGAGAAGUUCCAUGGCACUGACUUUGACACAGUCUUCUGGAAGUGUGACAUGCAGAAGCUGACAGUGGACGAGCUGAAGCGACUUCUCUAUGACACCUUCUGCGAGCACUUGUCCAUGAAGGACAUAGAGAACAUCAUCAUGACAGAGGAGGAGAGCCACCUGGGCACUGCUGAGGAGUGUCCCGUGGAUGUGGAGACCUGUUCCAACCAGCAGAUCCGCCAGACGUGCGUGCGCAAGAGCCUGAUCUGCGCCUUCGCCAUCGCCUUCAUCAUCAGUGUCAUGCUCAUCGCGGCCAACCAGGUGCUGCGCAGCGGCAUGAAGUAGGCACCACGUGGGUGCCUGCAGCGCCCACUCCACACCCACCGCUGCCUGCAGCCCUUCCCCCAGCUUGCUCCCUGGGCCACCACCCCUGGGCACUUUGAGGACAGCCCUGGCCCCACCCCCUGCCUGUGCCCUCACCUGGCCUGUGUGUAGCCUUCACUUCCCACCACUCAGGAGCUCCUGGAAAAGGAGGGACUUGCGCGGGAGCCCGCAGGAUCCAGUGAGUGCUGUGAUCUUUUGGCAGGCAAGCAACUCAUGCCCAGAACAGUGGGCAGGGUGGAGGUGGGCACAGGGCUUUGGCUCCUGGGUCUCUGACACUCCUUAGACCCAAAGCCAGUCCUCCAUGCACCUUCUGGGGCCUGUGCCUGCCCAUUUCACAGGUGAGAAGCCUGAGGCUUUAAGGGCCUGAGAUCUGGCUUCAGAUUCUCCUUCCAUGGGGCUUUUCAGGAAAGGCAGAUGCUCAUGCAAGAUGGGGCAUGAGAAAUAGCCCCAAGGCCCAUGAAUUUGUGAGCCAUCCACCAAAGGCUUAGAGACCAAGGGCCAAAUUGUCUCCUAGCACAGAACCUAGAGGCCCAACUGAGGAAGGGAGCAGAGAUCCUGUAGCACGUGUGACUCCCCACUGGCCAGGGUGUAACCCUGGGAGGCCCCGAGCCAUUCCCUAGGGAUCUGAGUCCCCUGAGGGUCUGUCAGUGGCCACGGACCACUCUUCCAAGUCCAGGGCCUGCCCUCUUGGGGACCCCACUUCUCUGUACCCUUGAGGCCAGCGAUGCGGCUCUCAUGCUUGCUCCACCUGUGUCAUGCCGUUUCUUGGCACCAGCUCAGCCUGGGCAGAUGCAAGCCUUCAGCUCUUCAGGGGCCGAGACGGUUGGCAGUCCUCGGCUCCUUUCCCCAGCCUGGGGCCACUUACUAGCUGGGCCGCCGCCACACUGGCAUACGCUGUGCCCGACCUGGCUGCUCUACUGAUCCCUAAGCACCCUGGAGGGGACGCUGUCUCGUUCCAGCCCACCUGUCCCUUGAUGGAGGCAGGAGGACAGAGCCGAGAGCAU